AUUAGCCUAGCCUAGCCUAGCCUGAGAGCGCUCGGAGAGAUAACACAGCAGCGCUUCGUGCAGCGCGGCGACAGCAGCAAAACUAACCGAAGCCCGCAGGACGGUCCCAGAGAGAACCGGACGACCUCAGCACGGAGCAGGGAAGGAACCGGAAACCGGACGCGCUAGAAAUGACAGCCAAAAAGCCGCAGAGCAUGCUGCGGGAGGCAUCCCAUCAGAUUAUCGCAGGUGGAUCCGCUGGUCUGGUGGAGAUCUGCUUGAUGCAUCCCCUCGAUGUAGUGAAGACAAGGUUUCAGAUCCAAAGGGGAACCAGUGACCCCACCAGCUACAAGAGCCUGGGUGAUUGCUUCCGGACCAUCUUCCGCAGAGAGGGAAUCUUUGGCUUCUACAAGGGAAUCCUGCCUCCGAUCCUGGCAGAGACGCCGAAGAGAGCGGUGAAGUUUUUCACCUUUGAGCAAUACAAGAAGCUGCUGACGCUGACCCCUUUGUCUCCUGGUGUGGCACUGUCUGUAGCCGGGCUUGGCGCAGGCUUGACUGAGGCUGUUGUCGUCAAUCCGUUCGAAGUGGUGAAAGUCAGCCUCCAGGCCAACCGAGAUUCCUUCAAAGAGCAACCCUCCUCGUUCGCUCAAGCAAGACGCAUAAUUAAGACCGACGGAUUUGGACUGAGGGGCCUGAAUAAAGGCUUGACAUCAACACUGGGACGGCAUGGAGUUUUCAACAUGAUCUACUUCGGUUUCUACUUCAACGUCAAGGAUGCCAUUCCUACCAGCCCGGACCCUACCCUGGAGUUCCUGAGGAAGUUCACUAUCGGCCUGGUGUCUGGGACCAUCUCCUCCUGCGUGAACAUUCCCUUUGACGUCGCCAAGAGCCGCAUCCAAGGCCCCCAGCCCGUGCCCGGAGAGAUCAAGUACCGCACCUGCUUCCAGACCAUGGCUCUGGUGUACCGGGAGGAAGGGUACUUGGCGCUAUACAAGGGGUUGGUGCCCAAGAUAAUGAGGCUUGGACCAGGUGGAGCUGUGAUGCUGCUGGUCUAUGAAUAUGUCUCUGGAUGGCUGCAGAGGAACUGGUAAAAAAAAAAAAAAAACAAAGGAGUGAAACCACGAGAGUGCCUUAUGGAUUGUGCCUCAUUGCCAAAAGCGUUAACUGACUCAGACCAAAUUAGUUUUUAUGUUUGUUUGUUUGUUACCUUGAAUGUACAAUACUGCUCUGCAAAAGACCAAAGCGGCCUUUCAGUAUAUGCUAGAAUGUAGCUUUCUGCAGGAAAAACUACAUCAUCAUGUAAGUAGAAACAGCUGCAAUAUUUGAAAAUUGACAAAUACAUUUCUAAUAGAAAACAGAUUUUUAACAGUGGAUAAGUAGGUUUUAAAGGCCACGAAAACCUAUUUUCUCAAUCAGCUUCUUACUAUGAGCAAUGAGCUCCAACAUGAACACAAUAUUUUCUGCCAAAUUUAGAACAGUUUUGGUUAUUUCACACGAGAGAUUUAUGUAUUUUGUGCUUUUUUCUGAGCUCUUCUCACUGGUUUAAAGUGGGCGGUGCUCAGUGGAGGGAAAAAAAAAGUGAUGUCACAGACGUCUGCGCACCAAUCAGGGUUUUUAACGAAAUUUGAAUCAAAAUCCUGAAGAUAAUUGUGGGGUUGCUUGCUCAUGCCAGUCAAAUGUGAGCGAACCACAGCCACACGGUCCUAAUGAAGCAAACAUUGUGUGUUUGUGAGAGUUAAACUCUUACAGAAGAAUAAUUAAAAAUGAAGUUCAUAAAUACUUAAUGUCAUAGAGAAAUUCUUCAUUUUCUAAAGCAAGUUUUCAGGUGCUGUAAUGUUCAGUUUCACAUGAAAAGAAAAAACAAAUAUGGAGUGAACGCAUGCUUACAUGACAAUCACAGAAAACCUAUACAGCAGUCAGUACAGUACAGAUGAUCAGCCGCACAUUACCUGUUAUAUGACAGAACAAACACAUGCUGAGUUCAGGUGAGUCUCACUUCCUGAGACCACCUGACCAGAACCCUACAGACUCAUCUCUCUCGGCUACAGCGCACACUCCCACUAUAGCAGAGGAGUGAUGCACACGUACAAACUGCAUCAAUACGACUGCAAAUAUAAACUGUGAUCACACUUAUAGAACUGAGCCUUACUGUAUAUCUCUAACAGACCAAGCUGCCACAAUAGUGCCUUAUAAUUCUGAAUAGGAAUUAUUGUAUAUCAGAAUCUUUUAUACGCUAAUAUUAAGGCCUGUUGUCGACCUUUUAAAAUCUUUUUGCAUGAAUGACAUUUUUAUGUACCUCCUUUAAAUUUGACUAAUAUUAGAUCUUAAUUUUUCAAUCUUUUAUUAACAAGAAAUUGUGUUAACGUCACUUAAUCUCAAUCUUAAAUAUUAGCAUUUGUGAAAAAGUGCUUUCAUGUAUUGGUAACAAAUAAAAAGGCAAGA